GUUGGGGCCCCUCCGGAUGAUAUCCUGAGGAUAUCCCCCUGGGAAAAGUUAGUUGUUAUUCUUUUUUUUUUGUAUACGUUUUGUGAACUUUUGCGCAUGAUAUAAUAUUUAUGGUGGCCACACGGCGUGAGUAUUGUUAAAGGCAAAUCUGAAAAUUGGCCAGAAACUAAUUAUAUACACCCUUCGCUGUGUACUUUGGAGAUAAUUUGAAUAAUGCCUCGUCUUCAACUUAGUUGGCAAGAACAUCAUAGUACCCUUGUUUCACUGGUGCAAUCCUUUUGGGAUAAUGACUUAUUUGUUGAUUGCACUUUGGCAGCUGAGGGCAAGUACUUGAAGGCUCACAAAAUAAUUCUGUCAGCUUGUAGUCCGUAUUUUCAGUUGAUAUUUAGCCAAGAAAAUGAAAAGAAUCCCAUUGUGAUCUUGAAAGAUGUGCAAUUUGAAUGUUUAAAGUCGGUAUUAGACUUUGUGUAUUUUGGAGAAGUGCAGGUUCGUGAAUCCCAACUCAGUACCUUUUUGGAAGUUGCAAGAUUAUUGCAAAUCAAAGGGUUGGAUUCCAAUGACAAAGAAACUUCGCAGAAAAAAGCACAUUCCACACGUUCAAAGACUAAAAAUAGCACCUCUCGGUCAAUAAAGUACGAGGCUUCAGAUGAGGUUAUUGAUGUUGAAGAUGAUUGCAAAAUUGUCAGAGUGGUUGAUAGAAUUGCCAAGGCCAGUUCCUCACAGCCAUCCCAUGCUCCAAGCUCUUCUCAGGCUGAGGAUGCAAGAACUAUCACCAUUGAAUCUGCCUAUAGCAUAGCCACUAGUGCCAGAUCUGCUCCAGUGUUGAGUGAUUCAGUGAAUGCUGAAGCUCUUCAAUGUCCUCUUGACUCAGCAACUCCUUCAAUUGCUUCAUCUGUUCCUGAUUCUGCUGAUGCAGUGCAGUCAAGUAAAGUGCUGGAGUCUAAUGAUUUGAAAUCUGAUCCUGAUAAACAUUCUUUACCCAAAGAGAAUACCUCAACUGAUUCAGUAUCUGGAACCAGAACCAUUCGCGGAGAAUCCAGUGUCAUUAACUCUUCUGGAACUGAAGAGGGAGCAAAUAAUGGUCGUGUCAUGCCAGAUCGUUCUGAUAAUUCAUCUGGAAAAAGAAGAAAACAAUGCAGCUCCUCAGGGCCUGCCAGAAGAAGAGUGUUAAACCGGUCAGAUCUAGGACUGAAAUCACUCAAGCUUCAGGUAUCUAGAACUGAAGUAGCAACACCGCCCUACACACCUGGGCAUUUAACCCCAAGUGAGAGAGUGAAAGUAACCCCAAGGGAACGUAACGCCAAGGAAGCCACUUCUGUUACUCCCAAGGAUGCUGUGGAGUCAUCAAAUGAAGCAGAGUCUACUACGCCUAAAUCAAGUGUCAAAUCCGGUGAAGCAUUGUCCAGGGUACUUUCUAUUGUGUUGUCAAAGGCCAAAAUCCCUGAGUCAGCUUUUGUGCCAAAUAAGGGUGCCCAGCUGCAGGCAUCUACUCCUUCUCCAGCUCCUGCUCCAGCACCUGCUCCAGGUCCAGCUCCUGCUCCAUCUCCAGCUUCUGCUCCAUCUCCAUCUCCUGCUUCAGUUCCUGCUCGAGCUCCUACUCGUGCUCCUCCAGGUGUCCACCCACCCAUCACAUUUUCUGGUCCCAAUGCCAAACGACAGCGUAGAUAUUUGAAGAGGCACACUUGCCCUGAUUGCAACAAACAGUUUUUGAGACCCAGUUAUCUUAUAGUUCACAGAAGAAGACACACUGGUGAAAAACCACACAUUUGUCCCAUCUGCAAUAAAUGUUUUGCUCAGCCAGGUGCUCUCAAAAGACACAAAACUUUGCACAGUGGGGAGCGUCCAUACACAUGUGAAUAUUGUCUCAAAUCUUUUAACAGAUCCAGUACUCUGAAAAUACACUUGCGCUUACACACCGGUGAACGUCCUUAUGAGUGUCCAGACUGUGGCAAAACAUUUGUUGCUCACAGCCAGUUGUGGUCACACAAACGUGUGCAUAUGGAAGGUAAUUAUAAGUGUGAUGCUUGUGGUGAGAGUUUCAAACGAAAGCCUCUCCUGAUACAACAUUGGUUUCUUGUUCAUGAAAAUGGUGAAGUGAUACACACAGUAUUGUAGAGGCGAUUCUCUGGAGACAUUUGCUCAGGUGUGCAUGCAGGAUGGGUCAAAGGCACCAUGGCCUUCCUGACAAUGUUCAAAGAGUUCUCAUAUUCUUAAAUUUUGAAACUUUUUAUUUUGAAUGUUAUGUUUUUGCUUGUUAUUGCUUUUGGUACAGAGCUCCAGAUAAAGUGCUUUAUUCCUCGAUUGAUAGAACUGUUGUUACGAGGGAAGUAUCAAAACUACUGUUACAAGUUUUCUUAGGGAGUGAAAGGAGAGAAAUAUGAAAUGACAAACCGAGUCUAAUUAACAUUAUUUAAUUAGUUAAUGAAUUAAUCUUCAUCAUUAAAAUUAGGUUAAAUAAAAUCUUGUACUUAUCACAGGCAUUAACUAGUUCUAAUAAAAGCGGGCAAUUGAAGCCCUAGGGCCAAAGGCCCUCAGGCUAUUAGUAGUCGUUUGAUUAUUAGAACCCUUACAAUGCCCUUGGUUGAUAAAUAACUUUAUCGUGUUCAAUAUUUUAAUUCCCUGAUUUCCCCCAUCUUUCUUACCUGACAGUUGGGCAAUUGUUGUUAAAAAUUUUGGGAUGGUGGCUUUCCAAGCCAUCUGGAAACACUAACUGAAUGGUUCUACAGAAAAUCAAUUGAAUUUUUUUAAAGCAUCAUUAAAGUUAUAAUUUUAUUCUCCUUGUAUAUUUUAUUUAUUUACUAGUAAAAUAUGUCAUAAAAGAAUAUAAUGGAUAAGUGUGUACAAAAAUUUAGUUGGCCCACUAUCUUGUUUUAGGCUGUGCAUUCCUAUAGAUGUAUGAUCAAUACUUAUUAAAUAUUUUUAAAAUUAUAGUGUAUCUUUGUUAAGGCGCGUUUACACAGAGAAACUUUCUCUCCAAAAGGUGUGUUUACACGAAGAGACAUAGUCUCCUAACUUCCAUGAAGUUAGGAGAUAAACUCUCUUAGAUGGCUUUACACAAUUCGAAAUAUCUCCUGAAACGUGAGUCUCCUAAACCAAGUAUCAUUUUGCAAUAAAUACUUUUCCAUUUUUCUUACUUUUUUAUUGCGUGAGAUAUUUUUCUUAAUAAAAAAUCAAAACCUUCUGAAGUUACGAAGUUUUUGUACAUAACUUCAUCGUCCUUUGUAAUAAUAUUAUAUUUUUUAUGUGUGAAAUUUUGUUAUAUAAAACUAUAACUGCCGAUCUGGUGGCCGAGAUCGCUAAGUCAAUAGUGUCGUAGCAAUCUGGGACCAAAAGAUCGCGGGUUCGAGUCCUGCCUUGAAAAUUAUAUUCGUCCUUUCACCCUAUCAUCAUAUCGUGUAAUCCUCACAGUUACCAUACCGUUGCAAGCAAUAGCGGUCGCUAAUGACCUAGAAGUUGAUGCGAUCUUAAAUAACAAAAUAAAAAUUAAAACAACUAUAAAUAGGCCUUCUCUUUCAUAUAUGCCUGCUCUACAAGGUGUAAUGCCUCUUAAUAAAUUUCAAAUAAUUCAAAAUAAUCUCUGCAAAAUAUUACUUCUUUCCUAGUUUAAAUCAUAUAAAAAAAAUUACAGAGAACUUAAAAUUGAUUUAUAUUUUUUUUACUUAACUUCACUAAAAGUGUCUAAAACAAAUUAUCAACUUCACCCAUUUUUUAAACCUUUACGGUAGGUCAAAACUAUUUUCCUCAUCCUCAUGGAAUCCGACCACGUUUUCCAAAAGAUAUUUUUAAUCCUCCGUAAAUUAAAACUUGUUUUAUUGAAUUAAAUUAAAACUAAUUUACUGUUCCU